UCUGCGAAGCUGCGAUCUCAAAAACGGUGCGUUUUGACGACGCUUUCGGUGAAAAGGACGGUGAUGCAAACGACGUCGUUUUACGUAGAGGGCGGUGGUCAAGGAAAUCCUCAAGCCCAAGCAGCUUGUGCUUCAUGUAAGCACCAGAGAAAGAGAUGCGAUAGCACAUGUGAGUUAGCCCCAUACUUUCCUGCUAGCAAGUACAGGGAAUUUCAGAAUGCUCAUAAGCUCUUUGGAGUGAGCAACAUACAAAAGAUCCUCAAUGCCGUCGAGCCGGAGCAGAGAACCGCGGCGGCCGAAUCCCUUCUCCUUGAGGGCACCUUCAGGAGAGAAGAUCCGGUGUACGGGAGCUUCGGGAUUGUAUGUAAAUUGGAAUCAGAACUAGACCUCUGUAAGCAGGAGCUCUAUGCUGUAAACCGUCAAUUGGCCUAUUUUAAGGAGCGGGAGCAACUCCUACAGCAAAAGGAGCAGUUAGAGGGCAUACUGGAGGUUGAAUCUUCACUGUCAUUGAACAAAAUACCCAGGGGAUUUUACUUUGGUGAUGAUGGUAAAAACUUGGAUCACGCAUACCAUUAUCAAUCAACAUUAGAAGUGGGAGAAGAUGUAAAACCCUUUGAUAUCCAAUCAGACGAAAUGAUAGAUUUCAGUUCUCAACCCAAGGCUCAUGUAGAUGGCUCCCAAACUAUAGGCUUGUCUCAAGAUCAAGGAGAAGGCUAUUUGGAGACCAAGAAAGAAACAUAAUGAAAAUUGGACAUGGCAUGACCAUGGGUUUUCUCUUAGAUUAGUUAGAAAAUGUCACACACCACAGUGGAUUAAAGCCUAAAAAUGCCUGCAAAAAUUCUCAAUUAGGGUUUUGUAAACCCAAUUUAAGUCAUGAGUUGUAUGGAUUUCUUGGAUAUGGAAUUAUU